AUGACACUUGUAUUGUCUCCAGCGAUGGAGGGCGGCGCGUGGUGCGCCCGCGACAUCUCCCUGCGAGCGCAGAAGAAGUUCCUCUCGCGAGUGGGCGGCGCGGCCAGCGCGCGCGCGCUCGUGCUAGACGAACACGCCGCUAAACUUCUAGAUCAGUUCCUAUGUGUGUUACGUGAACGUGUAGAAAAAAGGGAGGCGGAAAAGUUAGUGAAGCAUGUGAUCAAGGCGGCGGUGAAGCUGGGAGUGUUGCGGCGGCACGGCCAGCUGUCGCCCGCGGACGAGCGCGCCUUGGGUGCAUUUCGUGCUAAAUUUCACACGGUGUUGAUGGCGAUAGUGUCGUUCUGCGAGGUGGACUUUUCCUACGACCGAGGGUUUCUUCAGGAUGCCCUUCGCGAGUCACAUCAAUCACUCAAGUCAGUAGUGGAGCGACACCUGUCAGACAAGUCGGUGUCGCGGCUCGCCGGAAUAUUCGCUCUCGCGUCUCGAGGUGAGCUUCUAGAUUCACUAUUUUCAGGGCAAAUAGAUGAAGGUGUCCUCAAAUUAACAAGGAUGCUGCGAAAAGAGUUAGAUAGGGGUCUGCUA